UCAUGCAUAUAUUUCCAUUAUUAUUCCUCCAACAAACUUCUUCUUCUUCUGAGUCAAUAUGACAAAAGAAGCUUCAAAACUGGUGUAUUUGUAUCUCUCUCUGAUAUUUGCUUCUGUAUCUUCAGCUUCCGCAAGCACUGUUAAAUGUAGCUUCAAACAACAUGGUAGUGGGAAUACGAUCCAAGGGAUGUUUGUGUUCGGAAGCUCUCUGGUGGACAAUGGCAACAAUAACUUCCUGGAAACCGAGUCAAAAGCCGAUUACUUGCCGUAUGGAAUCGACUUCCCAAAUGGAACUACUGGGAGAUUCACAAAUGGUAAAAAUGUUAUUGAUCUCCUCGGUGAUCAGCUUAAGCUUCCUUUCAUUCCACCAUUUCAAGACCCCUCCACUAAAGGAAGUAAAAUUGUUCAUGGUGUCAACCAUGCCUCUGGCUCUACUGGUAUCUUAGAUGAUACAGGAUUAGUUCUGGGUAAUGCAACGAGCUUGAGUCAACAAGUUAAGGACUUCGAGGUUGUGACACUGGCAGAGUUAGAAGCAGAGCUAGGGUGCAAUAGCUCUCAAUCUCUACCAAGCUACUUGAUUGUUGUAGGAGUUGGUGGGAAUGAUUACAUGCUCAACUAUUUCCUUAGGAAAUUGUACCUCCAAAUCAGUAUUGAAACCUUCACUGCAAAUCUCAUCGACUCUCUAGCUCAGAAACUCCAGGAAUUGUACAUUUUGGGAGGUCGUAAAUUCGUGUUAACGUCGCUAAUGCCAUUAGGCUACAGUCCUGUGAUUAACAGGCCAAAUCAUAUUGGCACCCCAUCAGCUCUGAAUUACGCAGCUCAGCUCUACAACGCUCACUUGAAGACAUUGCUCGACUCUCUCAAAACUCACUUAUCCGACUUCAAUUUCGUUUUGGUUGACCAAUAUAACAUUAUAUCUAAUCUCACUUAUUCUCCUCCUUCCACUACAGGCUUUAAAGACAUACACAACCCUUGUUGUACAGUUUCCCUCUCUCAAGGUGGAAUUGGAAUAUCAUGCGAUAGAGGCGGGAAGGCAUGUGACGAUAGGACGGCUUAUAUGUAUUUUGAUGGGUUACAUCCAACAGAAGCUGUAAAUGUUCAAAUAGCAACCAAAGCAUAUGCUUCUACUCAACAGGACGAGGCUUACCCAAUCAAUGUCAGCCAACUUGCCCAGCUUCAAAUUUAAUCAUUCUUCUUAAUUAUUUCCCCUCUAGUUUGUAACAGCUUAUAUAUGUAAUCUAGUUUUGUACUUUUCUUGCUGUAAUUGCCACACAGUUGGAGCUAGAGGUUCAAAACCUAGCAUUGGCCUAUAUUUUUAGUUUUGUCUAAUUACAAUAAAUUUUUUAUAUUUGAAUUGGAAGCUUAGCACCGACGUGCACUCUAUGUA